AUGGAACCAACUUCACCAAAACACCUAAAUGACUACUCCUGGAAAAAGGCCAGUGUGAUCGUGUUUGGCCUUGCUCCAAUUGUAAAAAACGAGGAAUUUCCGAUUUAUGUCCAGAUUCAAUUGUUGCUAACAAGUUCCUUUUUUGGGAGUAGUGAUAAAUUGAUCAAGCUUUUAUUAUCUCGAAUGUCUAAGCUACAAGCUGCUGUCAAUUCUUACGAUAGCAACCAUGAAUCCUUAUUUAUAUCCCAAGAGGACCAAGAAGUUAUCCAUUCUUUGUGUGAAAAAUACAUGGAUCCAAUAGAACAAUCUCCUCCAUCAUCAUCUUUAUUGGAGAAGACUCACUCACCAUUAGCGCAACACCAGUCCAUGGAGUCAGGAAAGGAUGACAACAAUCAGACAAAUAUAUCUUCUGGAGAUGCGACGCUUGCGGACGUUUCACAAAUGCUUGGCUGUCUCAAAAUCAGCUCCCAUGGUCAUUUUAAUUAUUAUGGUGCCUCUUCUAGCCGAUCUUGCAUCCCCCAAUCGGAUCCAAAUUUUGAAGAAGAUGAUUUCUUUUCUCUUCAAAGGUCACUGUUGUAUCCCUCUUCUUCUUCUUCUUCUUCUUCUCUCUUCCAUUGGAGUCAUCGCGUUCCUGAUGUAUUAAAUCCUACCAAUCUAUGUGAUAUGCUUCCUGUCUCUCAAUUUUCUAUUCGCCUUAUAAACCUUUAUUUCGACAAUGUGGGAUGGAGUUGUCAUGUGAUUCAUCGCCCUUCCUUCGAAAAGGCCUGUCUUGACCUAUACGUUCAGAACUCGUCUAAAUCUCCGCCUCAACCUCACUUUCUUGCCCUUACCUAUAUGGUUUUUUGUCUUGGUACCUUAUUUGCAUCUCCUGCAUUAGUGAGAAACAGAAAAUCCCUUGCGCAUGAGUUUUACCUUCGUGCGCAGUUGUGUUUUGAUAUAUCAUACUCCUCCUUCGUACCUUCCGUCGAUGCAGUCGUUUCCCUCAUCCUUAUGUGCCAAUACUCCUACUUUUGUGAUCUUCUUGAACGUACCAAUUUUGCUUGGAACUGUAUUGGAACGGCUACCCGUAUUGCUGUUGCUAUGGGCAUGCAUCGGGAUGGUGAAGUUUUUGAACUUUCCGCUUUCCAGUUGCAUAUGCGUCGAAUGAUUUGGACGGAGCUUUUGUUUUUGGAUAGAAUGCUCUCGAUGAGCCUAGGAAGACCCUAUGCCAUUAGUAACGAUCAAACUAACGUUUUACCUCCUUCCAACAUCGCAGACUCUAGCAUCUCUCCAGAUAGUCUGUUUAUUCCAGAACCAUCUACAUUACGAACAGAAGCUAGUUUUACUAUUGUUAAAGCUGAAAUUUCCAAGUAUCUGGCGAAUGCCCUCAACCGUGCUUUUAAAUUUACACCUCCUAGUUACUUGGAAGUACAGAAUUUAACUAAAGAGUUGUCGGAAUUGGGAAACAACUUACCAGAUUAUUUUCAUGUUACAGAGGAUACUAAGAAUGUAUCGCCCGUCAUAAUAAUGGAGCAGUAUUCUAUCAAGUUCAUCAUUCUUCAGGCUUUACUAUACUUACAUCGUCCUUGGUUUGUAAGAGCCGUUACGCGUACCGAAGAAAGAAACCAAUACGCUACCUCCUUAUCCCUUUGUACUUCUGUUUCUCAUGAUCUCAUCCACAUCCUUUAUUCUUUGAUGUGCUUAGUUCCCAUUGAGCCUCUUCGUUGGUGGGUAUUCCGUUUUCACUCGCUGAACGCUGGCAUCAUUCAAGGAGCUUACGCUUUAAGCUUUCCAAAAACAAGCUAUGCAAUAACUGCCUAUAACGAUUUACGAUAUAUGUGCAAAAUCUUUGAACAUCUCAGAGACGGGUUUUCUUUUUCCAAUAAAGAUUUUGACUUUUUAACUAGCCUAAAAGCCAAGGUUCUUGAACGUUUUCAACUGACCAGUCAGGGAAUUGAUAAUGAAUUGCUUAUGGAGGAAAUUCCCUUUCUUCAGUUUAACGUCCCCUCUUCUAGAUCAAACAGUCGGUCUCCUGACGAUGCUACGGAAAAAGCAGAACAAUUACGGCAAAUGAAUGGUCUUGGAAUUUCAAUGAAUCAUUCAACCAUGACGCAGUCCGAACACUUGCCAUAUUAUGAACAAGAAAACCCUCUUUUGUUUGAUUCAUUAUCUUGGCAUGUACCAAAGAACGAAUUUGACCUUUAUAACCAUUCAGGUACAGAAUUAUGGGAUGCCAGUAACUGGAUAAUGUCGGAAAAUGAAAAGCCUUUUGUUCCCAACCUCUCUACGAGUCUGGAACAGUUUUUAUGGGAUAGUGGUUCGAAAAUAAAUGUGGAGGACACGCACUUAUCGACGGGUUAG